AUGCUCGAGAGAGAAGAACUGAAGGUAGAAGAGGCUCAGAGAUUAGAAGAACACUGGAAUCCUGAGAGCAAAGAAUUUAGUGCAUGGAAAAAGAUGGAAGCGGCCAUGAUGAAAAGAGACAUCGAAGAAAUGGAGAUAGACAUCAUCCAAGGGCCCAAGGAGGCCGAGCAGAUCAAAAUCGUACAUCUACUCAACAAGAGGGAUGUGGAACCAAAGAAUGUGGCCUUGAUCAAGGUCAAGAAGGAAGAGCGGAAGACAGAAGUGACAGUAUCAGCCAAGGAGUUGCUCUCAAGACCAGUGUUCCAGAUGUCAAUGGCGCAGCUGGCCACGAUGUUGACAACCACCAGGGUAGAACUGAAAAAGCAGUUGACCCAGCCAAGAGAGAAGCAGCCGGCCAAGUUGAAGACGUUCUUGGCAGAAGACAACCAUACUGGAAAUGGGACACCCAGAUUGCCAGUACAAGUAGGGAACAUCCAAGUAGACGCAAUUUUUUUUGUAGGGAGCUGA